GGGAACUACAGAAAAAUAUCCGCUAUUCUGGAUCCUGUGUGCUGCCCACUGCAUCGAUUUGAUAUUUGAAGAUAUCGGGAAGCAAAACACUGUUUCCACUGUCGUCAAAUGGUCUCAAAGUGUAACUAACUACAUCUACAAUGAUGGUUGGGUACUGGCUGAAAUGAGGAGCAUCACGAAGGGAGAUUUGAUUCGACCGGGUAAAACUCGAUUUGCUACAAAUCACAUUGCCAUCGACAGUAUUUUGAAGAAGAAAUCUGAUUUGAGAAAAUUGUUUACAAGUAGUGCAUGGAAUGAGAAUGCAGCGAGCAGGACCAGAGAUGGCCAAAGGAUAGAAAAAAGAGUCCUCGAUGGGACAUUUUGGGAUGGCAUGGAAGCAGUCCAUAAAAUAUAUAAGUCAUUGUAUAAGAUUCUUCGAAUUGUUGACACAGAAAUUCAGCCAACCAUGCCCAUAUUAUAUGAUAAGUUUGAAAGAGUGAAACAACAAAUAUCACAGAUGAGAGGAAAGAAAUGGGUGCUUAAAAUCAUCAAUGAUCGAUGGGAUAACACAUUAAGUCAACCAUUGCAUGCUGCAGCACAUUUCUUAAACCCAAAUUUUCAUUAUCGACAUGAUGUUGGUUAUAGCCCACGUUUCACAAACUCUCUGGCAACAGUUGUCGAACAAUUUAACAUAAAUGGAGAAAUUGCGGAUACAUUUUUGGAUGAGAGAUGCAAAGGAAUCAUUUGGGUCAACCAUAGCAAGAAAAGCAAGAGAAACCAGAAAUACAGAAAAUUGCAAUGCGUAUUUUGGCACAAACGGCUUCUUCUUCUGCGUGUGAGAGAAAUUGGAGUAUAUUUGCUAUUAUUCAUACCAAGCAAAGGAACCGUUUGGCAUAUCAGAAGUUGGAAAAGCUUGUAUACUGCUACUACAACAUGAAGCUGCAGCUGCGAGAUAAAUAGGCAAAGAAUAAUGUGGUCAAUGAAAACAACUAUAUAGAUCUACUUCAUGUUGCAAGCGAGCCGCU